CCCAACUCCUCCCAGAAAGAGUUGCACAGGUGUCUCAAAGACGGUGUCUUGCUGUGCAAGCUGAUCAACAAACUGUUGGCCUCUGAGGGCAAGGGAAAAGUCUCCUUCCAGAAAAAGGUGGCUUCUCCCUUCGUGGCUAUGGGCAACAUGGAAUCUUUCAACAAGGGCUGCCUUGAGUACCAACUGAGCAAAGAAUUCCUUUUCCAGAGCACUGACCUGUGGGAGGGACGCAAGGGACCCUUCCUGAACGUCGUCAACUGCAUCCACAGCCUGGGAUUCCACGCCAACAGCAAGGGCUUCCAGCCCACGUACACUGGUGAGCAGACCAAGUACCUCGACCUGGAGUAGGUCAUAUGACGUCAACACAUGACUGUUCACUCGCCAGUUCAUCUUUCACAAUUAUGCCGCUCUUGUAUGCAUAUUUCCUUGCACUGGGCUUCUACUGUGAGAUCACGGAAAAGACUUUAAACGUACAGUGUUCAUAAACUGACUCUCACAGAACUAUUUUUCAGCCGGGAAUUUUAUGUCUACCUUUGGAAUACUGCAGCUUACUUCUCUUCUUUUGUUUCGUUUUAAUGUUUGUUGACUUGUUUUUGUGUGUGUGUAAAUCUAGGUGUAAACAUUAUUACUUUGUGACUUGAGGUGAACAGGGGAUUAUUCUGCACGUUUGAACUUGAACACAUUCGUCUGGAUUGUCUACCCCCCCCCUGGUCAUUUUCUGUUUGUGACCGUGAGCGUAAUAAAAGUUGGUUUGUCGCUGCA